GUUUUAAACAUCUUCCGUGGCGAAACGGCGUGUUUACUGUUUUGGGGUCUCUCGAAUAUCGGAGGGGGCGAGGAUGCCGAGCCGCCCCGAGGAUUACGAGGUACUCCUCACCAUCGGUGCCGGUUCAUACGGCAGAUGCCAGAAGGUGCGGCGGAGGGCGGACAGCAAGGUUUUAGUCUGGAAAGAGCUUGACUAUGGAUCUAUGACAGAAUCUGAAAAACAAAUGCUUGUUUCUGAAGUGAACUUACUUCGUGAACUGAAACAUCCAAAUAUUGUCCGUUAUUAUGAUCGUAUAAUUGAUAGGACAAACACAACGCUUUAUAUUGUGAUGGAAUAUUGUGAAGGUGGAGACUUGGCUACUCUGAUUGCAAAAUGUACAAAAGAAAGACAUUAUCUGGAUGAAACCUUUGUUCUUCGAGUCCUCACUCAAUUGACUUUGGCCCUGAAAGAGUGUCACAGGCGGAGUGAUGGUGGUCACACUGUGCUUCACCGAGAUUUGAAGCCAGCAAAUAUUUUCCUUGAUGGCAAGAAGAAUGUGAAGCUUGGUGACUUUGGCCUGGCUAGAAUACUUCAUCAUGAUACCAGUUUUGCAAAAACAUUUGUUGGUACACCAUAUUAUAUGUCUCCAGAACAAAUAAAUCGCAUGUCCUAUAAUGAAAAAUCUGACAUCUGGUCUCUAGGCUGCUUGCUAUAUGAGUUAUGUGCAUUGUCACCUCCAUUUACAGCUUUUAACCAGAAAGAGCUAGCAGAAAAGAUAAGGGAAGGAAAGUUCAGACGAAUUCCAUAUCGUUAUUCGGAACAGCUGAAUGAACUCAUCACAAAGAUGCUAAACCUGAAGGAUUAUUGCCGGCCUUCAGUUGAAGAAAUUCUACAGAAUCUCUUGAUAGUUGACUUGGUAUCUGAGGAGCAAGUGAGAAUUUUGGAGAGGAAAGGGCGACGAUCAGAACAGGAUAAAGUAGAAAGACUUUCAGGAACACCAACAAAUGAGCUAAAACUGAAAGAACAACAGCUGCAAGAGAGAGAGAAAGCUAUAAAGGAAAGGGAACACAGACUAGAACAGAGAGAACGAGAACUGUGUGUUCGGGAGAGAUUGGCAGAGGACAAAUUGUCUAGGGCUGAGAAUUUGAUGAGGAAUUACAACUUAUUCAAGGACCAGAGAUUCUUCCUGCCAGCAACUAGCCCAGAAGAUGAAAUAUUACCUAUCCAUACGACAAGAAAAAAGAAAGUUCAGUUUGGUGAUGAAAGUAAAGAAAAUGCCCAGUGUGAGGACAACCUGGAAAACUUUUCCCAAUCAAAAGAAAAAAGUUGUAAUUUGAAGAAGCGCCUUUAUGCUGCAAACCUGCGUGCUCAAGCCCUGUGUGAACUGGAGAAACACUAUCAGCUGAAAAGCCGUCAGCUCCUUGGAAUGCGUUGAAACAAAUCAUUUGUGCUUGUAUAGAAUUGUGAUAUUUGUAUACUGUUUUAAAAGUAUAUUUUCUGUAAUAGUUAUGAUGAAGAAGUCUGUGUAGCUAGUUUUAGAUAAAAAAAAUAAGCGCUAAAAUGUUUUAAACUUAUGUAAAAUAUAGCUUAAUGAUAUGUGAGCAUUUCUUUUCUUAAAAAUUGUGCACCUUUAUACACUCAACUAUACCAAGAAAGUACUAAUACUUUAACAGAAAAAAUUGGAUAAGAAGAUGUUUUAUGAUUAAGAUGAGAGUAACGCUGCUACAGUGUAUCAAAAGAAAACAGAAUGCUAGGAUGGGGGAAUCUUCCUCCUUCCAAAAUUGGCUUUUUCUAUUCUUUUAAGUAUCUUUUUAAAUUUAAUUUUUGGUGUUGAUAUUUUUGUAUGUGUAAGUGCCAGUUGGCUGCAUCUGUUUUAUCCCCUUUAAGCAUUUCAGAGUUAGGAUUACUGAUACCAUGGUCUGAAAUAAUGAUAAAUUACUUAAAAGGAAAAAAAAAUCUAGUAAUCAGAACUGAGAAAAAUCCAACAUUUGGCUGGCAGAACUUUGCAUAUAAGCAGCUUGCUUUGUUAAAGCCUGAUCUGUUUUGAAGUUUUCAUCGUAAAGAUAGCAAUCUAUCUAUCAGAUGUUAUAGACUGUAAUUCCUAUAAACCCCAGACAGCACAACCAAUAAUUAGGGAUUUGAGAAACUAGUCCCAAGCAUUUCAAGAUUAUUCCUACAUUUAUUAAAUGCUGAAGAGAAAAGAACUGUUGUUAAAGCAUGACAAUGUAAGAGUUUACAUAUGUAAAGGAAUUAUAUCUGAAGCGAGUUCAUGGAUAUCCCAUGCAAGUUAGAAUGUGGAUUUCUUCAUUGGUCAGGAUGUACAAAUGCUCCAGCUUGGGACAGAAAGCAUCAGUUAAAUAGGCUUGUGUGUCUAUUUUUCAUAGUUUGUAAUAAAUAAUAUGA